GAACAAAUAAAUAGAGUUUAUCCGUGCCCAUUGAGACAGAAAAGUCUAGUCUUUGGGAAAGCGAACUCCACGAUCGCUCUUUGCUGUUCAGCACCAUGGACAGCUCCCGGCUGCGUCUGCUCGCGCUUGGCUGCGCUUUGCUUCUGAUCGCUGCUGUCUCCGGCCAAGAAGAUAGCGCUGAACUAGAGACAAGGGCGCUGAGGGACUUCUACCCAAAGGAUGCCAGCCCAUCAAGUGAGAAAGAGGUGCUCGGGGCGCUGCAGGAAGUCCUGGAGAAACUGCAAAAUAAACGGAUCCAUUCCUGGGAAAAGAAAUUCGGCCAAGUACCAGUGUGUGAUGUUGGUGAGCAGUGUGCAGUCAGAAAAGCAUCCAGGAUUGGGAAACUAUGUAACUGCCCUCCGGGUGCUGUUUGUAACUUCUUUCUGCUAAAAUGUUUACAGUGAAUGAAAGCCCUUCCUGUGAUUCCUGCGUGGAAGCUAGGCUGUUGCUGAGGGGUAAGAGAAGGACUUGGGAGAAGAUAUGCGCAAAAAUUCAGGAAUGAUUUUGUUUUUUAACUCAUUACGUGAGUUGCGCCUGCUGCUCUGUAUGUACUGUUCUCUCCUGCAUCUUGUUUCACAGUUUGCUCACUUGUGUGGAUAAAGAAAAUAAAAUCAGAUCUCUCUUUUUUUGUAAA